GUCAGGCGCGGCGGCGGCGGUGGCACUGCCCGCCGACGCGGUCCGUGACGCUCGUGCUGCGCGACAUGGGCGGCGUGGCGUACACGGUCGGCACGGAGCUGGACCCGUCGCACCACAAGGAGGUGCACCUGUCCCUGGGGUACGUGGCCGGGGUGCGGCCCUCGUCGCGCCUGGCGGCCGAGCUGGAGGGCGUGCUGACGCACGAGCUGGUGCACUGCUACCAGUGGAACGGGCUGGGGACGUGCCCGGGCGGGCUUGUCGAGGGGGUCGCGGACUGGGUGCGCCUGCGGUGCCGGCUCGGCCCGCCGCACUGGCGGCGGGAGGCGGGCGCGGGCUGGGAUGGCGGGUACCAGCACACGGCGUAUUUUCUGGACUAUCUCGAGGGGAGGUUCGGGGAGGGGACGGUGAGGAGGAUCAACGAGAGGCUGAGGGAGCACCGAUAUGAGGAGCGGGAGUUCUGGACCGGCCUGUUUGGAAGGCCGGUCGGGGAGCUCUGGGAAGCUUACGUGGACAAGUUGAAGAGGGACGAUGAGCUGGCGGCGGACAAGGAGAAGGAGAAGCAGGGGGAUACAACAGACCACGCCACUCAGACGUAGAUGAUGAGCUCAAUCGUUGAAAUAACAUAAAUUGGUCUAA